UGCCAUAUUGCUUUCUGAAUCAAAAGAACAUCAUGGCUUCGCCUUUGUAUGCCAUCUCUGUAACUUUGAUGCUUCUUGUUGUUCUAUUGCCUGAUUGUCAUGCAACAGGUCUACCCCCUCACAAACCUGCAGCUGUUCCUAAGCAUCACAGACCCAAGUUCAAACCCGGACCCUGGACGCGUGCUAAGGCUACCUUCUAUGAAGGCGGCUCUGGAACAUUUGGAGGAGCAUGUGGUUAUGAAGAUGUGGUGAAGCAAGGCUAUGGCUUAAGCACAGCAGCAUUGAGCACAGCGCUGUUCAACAAUGGGCAAGCUUGUGGUGCUUGUUAUGAAAUCAAAUGUGUGGAUGAUCCUAAAUGGUGCAAGCCAGGCAAUCCAUCUCUCAUUGUUACAGGGACUAACCUUUGCCCCCCAAAUUACAAUCUACCAAAUGACAAUGGAGGCUGGUGCAACCCUCCCCAAGAACAUUUCGACAUAGCCAAGCCAGUCUUCGAACAAAUUGCUGGCUGCACUGCCGGCAUUGUUCCAGUUCAAUAUCGCAGGGUUCCAUGCCAGAAGCAAGGAGGAAUCAGGUUUACCAUAACUGGGAAUCCGUAUUUCAACCUAGUGCUUGUGUCAAAUGUUGGAGGAGCAGGAGAUGUAGUGAGUGUGCAAGUGAAGGGCAAUAAGAAGGUGAAAUGGACGGCAAUGAAGCGCAACUGGGGUCAGAAGUGGCAAACUGAUGCCAUGCUGGUUGGAGAGUCCUUGACGUUCAGGGUUCGAGCUAGCGAUGGCAGAUACUCUACCUCAUGGCAUGUUGCCCCCAAGAACUGGCAACUCGGUCAGACUUUCGAGGGCAAGAACUUCAAGUAGAUUAUUACCUAAUUAGCUCCUAAUUAGGCUGUGCAGCUUCCCAUCAACUUAUCCCUGUCUCUCUAAUCUAAUGUUUGCUAGUAAUGUAAAAGGCAAUGGCUAUAUACUGAAGCCUGCUGUCCUUAAUUUUAAUGCUGUAUAAAACUUUUA